AGCAUGUGCAUACUAGACGCAUUUAAAUCUUAUGGUAAACAUCUCCGAACGUUUACCAGCUGACAUUCUUUGGAGAGCGCACGUAAAGAUGAUGGUAUGGGUAACAUGGAUGUUUACUACAUUUGCCGCAGGACUUUUUGCAAUUCUGGUAUUCCAAAGGAUGAAUUACCCAUUGUUUUGGGUGGAUUUGAUUUAUUACCUAAACCUUCGGAAGGUUGGAAAGGCGUUGAAGUAUCGUAUGCAGAGAGGAGUCAUCACUUACCUCGACAGCUUUCUUUAUCAGGCAAAGAAGAUGCCUGACAAGGCUUUCAUAGUGUUUGAGGGUCAAACGCUAACUUACCAGGACGUUGAUAAAAGAAGCAACCAAUUUGCUAAAGUUUUCAGAACAGAAGGUGGCUUGAAGAAGGGUGAUAUUGUCGCUCUUCUGAUGAGCAAUGAGCCUGAUUUUAUUUGUGUGUGGUUCGGACUCAGUAAACUGGGCUGCGAGGUCGCUUUCCUCAAUUUCAAUAUCAAAUCCAAAUCGCUCCUAUAUUGUUUUGAAAGUUGUGGAGCGAAAUCGCUUGUCGUAGGCGCAGAUUUGGUGAGUUCACUGGGCGAGGUGUUACCCUCCCUAAAGGAGAAUGCCAUUGAGGUGUGGGUCACGGACAUUGGCUGCCCUCAUGAAGGGGUCAACACGUUACUGGACAAGGUGGAGCAGGCCUCAGACAUGGCCUUACCUGACUGUCCUAGAGCUGACCUCAUGUCCAACUUCCUGUUCAUCUUCACAUCAGGAACAACCGGACUUCCUAAGGCAGCCCGGGUGGGACAUCUCAAAGCCGUGAUGUGCAUGGCCUUCCUUCGUCUGUGCGGGGCCCGUUCGGAUGACAACAUUUACAUCACUCUGCCCCUAUACCACAUGACCGCCUCUCUUCUGGGUAUUGGUGGAUGCAUACAGCUUGGGGCAACGUGCAUAUUGAAAAAGAAGUUUUCUGCCAGUCAAUUUUGGAAAGACUGCGUGAAACAUAACGUGACCGUAUUUCAAUACGUCGGAGAGCUCUGUCGCUACCUGGUCAACCAAACUGCGGUAAGACGUUAUAUUCAUCACUCUGGUUCGUCUUGGCUCUGUCGCUACCUGGUCAACCAACCUGCGGUCCCUGAGGAGAGUGCCCACAAAGUGCGUGUUGCAGCAGGGAGUGGUCUGAGGGCAGAUGUCUGGAGGGAGUUUGCCAGACGCUUUGGGAAGAUCAAUGUCCGGGAAGCCUACGGUUUAACUGAGGCCAGCAUUGGCUUUGUCAACUACACCAAUGAAAUAGGACCCAUCGGAAGGGCGGGCUACUUCAACAAGCUUAAUAUGCCCUUUGAGUUCUUGAGUUGUGAUCCCCAAACAUAUGAGCCGAUACGGACCGACUCAGGACGAUGUGUCAAAGCAAAUAAAGGAGAGACGGGCCUCCUGGUGGCCCCGGUGUCGGUCAUGAAUCCUUUCCUGGGGUACGCUGGGAAUACGCUUCAGUCAGAGAAGAAGCUCCUCAGGGACGUGUUCAAUGAGGGAGACGUGUACUUUAACACCGGAGACCUCAUGCUUCAGGACCACAGAGACUUUGUCUACUUCCGUGACCGUAUCGGAGAUACCUUCAGGUGGAAAGGAGAGAAUGUGGCCACCACAGAAGUUUCAGAGAUUCUCGGAAGUUUGGAUUUCCUGCAGGAAGUGAACGUCUAUGGUGUUACUGUGCCAGGUUAUGAAGGCAGAGCAGGUAUGGCAGCCGUCGUCCUAAAGAUGGACCAAAAGCUGGAUGGUAAAAAACUCUACAACCAUUUGGUCCAAAGUCUCCCCGCUUACUCGUGGCCCUGGUUUCUACGGAUCCAGACAUCCAUUGAUGUGACCGAGACCUUCAAGCAGCAGAAGAGGAAGUUGGUGCUGGAGGGCUUCAGCCCUGACGCCGUCCAGGAGUCCCUGUAUUUCUUGGACCUAUCCCAGAGAGACUACGUCCCACUCACUCAGUCUCUGCAUGAUGACAUUGUCUCCGGGAAGAUACGGCUCUAGGCUGUUGAGUCAGUUCAGCAGGACUAAACAGAAAGGUGUAUUUCUGAUUUUAUAACAGGUUUAUAUACAGUACUGUUUAAAGGUGUUAUUUACCCAGGAAGCCUCACUGACUGACUGUGUACUGUGCGUCUGAUUUUCAGCCACGUUUUUUUUUUCUCUUUCUUUGAAUUUUAGUUUCCAUUAAGGGAUUAUACAAUAUGGUCAUUUUUAUCAGAUGCUUUUAUUCAAAGCAGCUUACAGUUAGCACCUGUAUACAGUAAGACUGAGCCAUCCGAGCCAGCAAAACCACAUAGUUUACCUAAACGUUAAUACCUCAYAAGUGGUCCAAAAAGAGUCCAUAUUUUGCACCGUCCAUUGUGUACUAUGUACUGCUAGAUGGUACAUUAGGAGAAUAUGCAGGCCUCAAUCUAACAUGAAAUGGAAAGGUUGACAACAUCAAAUUCUAUCUAAUUGAAUUUAAAUGUAAUUUAAUUGUAUGUCCUUUGUGGCAUCACAUGCUGAUCCGCAUACCACGUUUCAGUCAGCACGUGCUACAGCGGGUUAACCCCUAAAGCUUGACUCAUUUAUGACCUGCAAUGGUCUUUUCCUGUCCACAACUAUGGGCCUUAAUUAUAUCCCCAAAUUAAGACUGAGUUUUUCCUGGUCAAGUCACAUGGUCAUGAACAACUUCCAGCCAUAAGUAUGAUUUACAAAGCUAUUAAAUUAUGGUAAUGAAAUAAUGAUUUGAAGACAUGCAACUGGUUUUAUCAAGUGUGACCACAGUGAUUUAGUUCUUAUCAAUGGCAAAUGUAAUUUAACCUUUACUUAACCCAGAAAAAAACGAGUUGUACCUGAGCAGGAAAUGCGAAACUAACCCAGAUAAUCCCACCAUUUUAAUCCAUAGACCUUUCAGGAACUAUAGCUUGUUUUCUAUACAUUUAGACCUUUCAGGAACUAGCUGCUUUUGCAUUACUACCAUGUGACAUUUUGAAUAAUGACCGUACAUAUUGUAUGUGUGCCCUGGAUAACGUGGUUUAUUUUGUGUUUAUGAUUAGGAAUUAGAUUAUUGCAUAGAUUUUAUGUGAAUAUAUUUUGUGUGUUUUUUAUAUAUAUAUAUAUAUAUAUGUGUAUAUGUAUAUGUAUAUAUAUAUAUGUAUAUAUGUAUAUAUAUAUAUAUAUAUAUAUGACAAUUUGUUUUGCGGUUAUGAAGAUAAUGUCAUAACAGCACACUGGCGACUCACUUACAGUGAAUUGCUACGACUCUAGACGUACAUAUCUGCAUCCUGACAUUCCUGAAAGUGCAUAUUAACCGACAGAAGGAACAUUUUAGUUUAGGCUUAAGGGUUAAAAAAUUUAUUCAGGUUACGUUUAGGUUAAAUUAAUAUUAAGGUUAGGUUUAGGGAGAGGGUUAAGGUUAGGUAUCGUUUCAGUGAUGGAUAGGGAAAGGCAUCAAAGUUGACUUUGGGUUAGCCUACUACCGUCCGCCACCAUACAUUUUCUGAUGGAUGUAAAUAUAUACAGCCAUUCUUCAGGCCUUUUUAUGUUUUGAUUCCAACACAUAUCUCUAGUCAUCCUAAAUGUGGUGUUAUAACAUGUACUCUUGUCAAACAACAUUACAUUCCCAUUCCCUUUGUUUUUGAGACCGUGCUAGGACAUAAUCUGUCUGUUAUCAUCUUAAAAAUUACACCCUUUUUUUUAAAAGUGAUGUCUGACCCAGAUUGAUAAAAAAGUAUGUGCAUUAUAACAUUCCUUUCAGUUGAAAUAAACCAUACUAUUUCCAUUGCAA